CUGACACAACCGAGACAGGAAGUACUGGCUCACCAGCGACGAAGAGCGCGGCCAAAAGGAUCGAAGUGAACCCCUGCACCCAAGCAACAAGUGUUUUGGAAAUUCACGUAUCAGCAUAGCCAUGACACGUAACUCGUGGCGCUCAGCUCCCCAGGAGCGCCCAGUGAACGAGGGUGCCCUGCAUGCAACCUCGGCCUCCGACUGGCGUGCUGCCCGCCGCCAUGACGACCCCAACGCCAGUACCUCGGCCAGCAGCUGCUGUCGGGGCGGAGGCAGCUCCAAGCGCAACUGCGGGCAUGAUUCCAAACGGCAAAAUGACCAUCACACGGCGCCGCCGCGCUCCACCAAGAGGCCGCCGCGCCCGAGCCAGCGGAAACCGCGCUCCACCCUGGAUGCUGCAGCCGCGCCGCUGACGCAGCAAGAACCGCAACAGCCGUGGCACGCAGCGCAGGCAACAGGCGUCGCGGCGUCAGUAGGAACCACCAGCGAUACCGCCAGCGCCUACAGCUGCUACAGCCGCUACAACGCCAGCAGCGGCGGCAGCAGCCACGCCAGCAGCGGUAGCACACGCUGGGCCGACAUGGCGGAAGAGGACGCGGCCAUGGAGCAGGCGGGCCUGGGCCUGGACCUAGGCGAACUCGAGGCCGAGCACGGCUGGUUUAAACAGAUGAUGGCGGAGCACCGGGCGGAGGUGGAGGCCGCGCAGGCCGUCGCUGAGCAGGCCCCGCGCGCCAGCAGGCGGGGCAAGGCCGCGAAGAAGGCGGUCCGGCGGGCGGCUGAGGCAGCGGCAGCGGUGGCGCAACCGGCCGCAAGCAACAGCAGUUCCUCGUGCCCCGCUGUGAGCGAGACGGGGGAGCAGCAGCGCGAGGAGCCGGCGGUAGGCUGCGGCGGCGGGCGGCUGAGCCCCGUCAUCAGCUCCGACUGCGACUGCGCGGUCGCCGAGGCCGCCGAGGCGCCCGCAGCCGGCGCCCGCGGUGCCAGCGGCGGCAGCACAUGCCGCGGGCUGCACGGCGGCGCCUACAUCCGCAGCCUCAGCCUGAUGUCCUCCUGCUCGGGCGAGUCGUGGUCCAGCGAGGAGGACAAGGCCCUGGAUGAGGAGUUCGAGGCGCUGGAGGCCUACUGCGUCGCGCCGGACGCAGAGGCAAAGGCGGCGGCAGCCGCCAAGGCAGGAGCCGCAGCCAAGGCCGCGGCAGUGGCAGCCGCGAAGGCCGUGGCCGCGGCCUGGCUGAAGCAUGAGGCAGACGUUGCUUGUGCCUCCGCUUCCGCUGCUGCCGUUGGCAGCGGCGGCUGCGCGGCGGCCGAUGUGUCUGCGGUGGUGGCGCAGGUGGUGGCGGUGGUGGAGCUGGAGGCGGCGUGCGGUCGCAGUGGUGCAUCUGCGGCAGCCGCCUACGAGCGGUACUGCCUCACGUCGGCCUGCAACUAUGUCUUCGGCUGCACCCGCGUCGCCUGAACAGCUGGUGCUGCCUUGGCUUGCGCGCAUGAUGCACGCGGCGUGUAUUGUGGGCAACAUAACCAUUAGCGUUUUGCAGGACUGGAGUGACUUGAGUAGCUAGCUGUAAAUACAGACGCUAUGGGGUGCUUUUGGGUCUUGCGGUGCGCGUUCAGUGUCUUUUGGGCACAUGCUUGUGGAGAAGAAAAUCGUGAGUAUGUACAGAUAAUAUGCUUCUUGCCUGUGUGAUUGCAGCGCUGCGAGUACCGGCCAAGCAUGGUGUGCCGGUAUAGUACAGAGCGUGCAUGGGGGACAGACCAUGCCAAGCUGUGGUGUGACUGACCUGUGAGAUCUGAUUCAAGAACUCUUGACUUUCUAUUAAAGAUGUUCUGACCUUACGUUGUCCGAUUAGGGACUGACUGUGUGCCGCGAACACCGCCAAGAGGCUUGACAAGACUUCAAUGCUGUUUUGACUUGACGCAGUGUUACAAGCAUUCAGUUGAUGCCAGUGACCGCUGAGCGAUCGCAGGAACGUGUGCGCAAAUGGGUGCGUCCUUGAGUCCUUCAUCCAGCCAUCUGGGAAGUAGCCGCUUAAACCUGUAGUGUGAGUGUAGAGUAUGUUCUUUCGUGGUUGUCUUCACUUUUGCUGAAAGCGUUGAUGACGUGACCUUGUGUGCGGGUUUGAGACAGGCAGCGAUGGUAUGGUACUCUGGAGUGACCUGGUGUGUGACCUGGUGUGGGGAGUGGUUGGUGCUGAGUCGCGGGCCGCUAGAGACACCCACCUAACGUGAUACUCGCUGUGCCGUUAUCCUUGUUGUUCGUCUUAUAGCUCUUGCGUAGGUGCUAUCGGAGUGAUGCGUUUGGCCCUAACGUGACAGGGGUUGUGGCUCGCAGAUAAAGGAGUGAAGGCCGCGUUGAGGCGGAAGGACCGCUGGUUCGGGCCCUGCAGUAUUGUAUCAGCGUGAGCUGCUGGCAAGUGGGGGGCCAUGGGCUGCCGCUGCCCUACACUGAUUGAUUGCUCGCGAUACAAAGGCCCUAUCGUCUCGCAUGGCUGUCGGCUCGGUGCAGACAUUAGCGUAUUAAAUCAGACAGUUCAAGGCUCGAGGGGCUGUCACGCUGUACUUUACAAACAUGUCUCUGCGCACUUACAGCCUGCGGAUAGCCGCCGAAAACUCGCAUGAAUGUGUUUUCUAUCUGCUCGAAUUGAGGCUGUUGUAGGACAGGUAGGCAGAGGGCGGGCGUGUGUUGGGCCCGCGUCAGAGGAAGACCCAACAUCCUGGGUUGGUCUUCGAGAUGAGGUGUAAUUAGACAAGCUGUUAUUC